CCGUUUGGUUAAUUAUAUAAGCCAACUCAUAAUUUUGGUUUAUAUAUAUAUAUAAACAAGGCCAAUGGAUGGAUGCUAGGCUUGUUAUAAAUUUUCUUGUCAUGUAUGUAAUUAAUAAGACUCGAAAUUUUUGGAUCCAUAUAUUUUAGAAUAUAAGAAAAUAAUAAUAAUAAAAAAACUAGAAAGCUACAGUAUUUUUAUAGUCUGCCUUUUUCUUUCUCUUUGGUCUGGUGGAGUGGAGAUGAUGCUGCAUCAGAGUCUGGUGUUGUCUCUUCCCCUGCUCAUCAUCCACAAACCCGCUCUUCUUAUGAAGCUUCUAGCGGCGGCGGCGGUGGCAUUGGUGUAUCUGGCGGUAGUGAGCAAUGGUAGUGAGGAGGGACAAUGUAAUCAGAAUCCAACGUUAAAACAUAGGCCUCAUAGUGUAUCUAUUUUGGAAUUCGGAGCAGUUGGAGAUGGGAAAACAUUAAACACACUUGCUUUUCAGAAUGCUAUCUUUUAUCUCAAUUCUUUAGCUGAUAAGGGCGGCGCUCAGCUCUAUGUGCCGCCGGGAAAGUGGCUGACGGGAAGCUUUAAUCUUACAAGUCAUCUCACUGUUUUCUUGGCUAAAGGAGCAACCAUUCUUGGAUCUCAGGAUUCUUCAAAUUGGGGGAUUGCAGAUGCAUUGCCAUCAUAUGGGCGAGGCGUUGAACAUCCCGGUGGAAGGCAUCGGAGUUUAAUCAAUGGAUACAAGUUAACCGAUGUUGUCAUAACGGGAGACAAUGGAACAAUCGACGGACAGGGAUUGAUCUGGUGGAAUUGGUAUAAAUCUGGAAGUCUAAAUCUGAGCCGUCCUCAUCUUGUUGAACUUAUUGCUUCACAAGAUAUUGUAAUUUCAAACAUCACAUUCAUCAAUUCUCCGGCUUAUGCUCUCCAUCCCGUUUAUUGCAGCAAUGUGCAUAUUCACAAUAUUUCAGUUUAUGCACCUCCGGAAUCACCUUACACGGUUGGUAUCGUCCCAGAUUCAUCUUCUCAAGUGUGCAUAAAGAAUAUCAGUAUAAGCACUGGAUACGACGCAAUCGCACUAAAAUCCGGUUGGGACAAGUACGGCAUAGCCUACGGUAAACCCACGACCGACAUCCACAUAAAACAAGUAACCCUUCAAGCCUCCACGGGCUCCGGUCUGGCCCUCGGAAGCGAAAUGUCGGGCGGAAUUUCCUCCAUUCUGGUCGAACAAAUUCAACUCCUUAAUUCCUUUAUUGGAAUCGAGCUAAGAACAACUAAAGGCCGAGGUGGUUACAUAGAAAACAUCAUGAUCUCCGAUGUCGAGCUCACAAACGUUAAAACCGCAGUCAGUUUCUCCGGACAUAAGGGAAAACAUCCGGACGUUGAUUUCGAUCCGAACGCAAUUCCGGUCUUUGAUGGAAUAACGCUGAGAAAUGUGGUGGGUAAGAAGAUUAGUCGGGCAGGGAGCUUUAUAGGAAUUGAGGAAUCUCCUUUUACUUCGAUAUGUUUGUGGAAUGUUUCGUUGUCGGUUUUGACCGAGUUGGAUUCGUGGGUUUGUUCAGACGUGUCGGGUUCUUCUCGGUUGGUGAAACCGGAGCCUUGUGCCCAACUUUUGAAUUCGGAGUCGAGCUGUUAUUCUGAGGUGGAAUCUAAUGGACGGGCAGCUAUAUGAUAUUAGAGAUAAAGGUUUUGAUUCUUUUGGGAAUAAAGAAUAAUAAUGGUGGUGGAUGGAGGAAAAUACUAUAUAUAAGGUGGUUUGAAUUUGUAGUUGUGAGCAUUAAUUGUUUUCAAUUUUUACAUUUUUUUUUAUUUUGGGUGAAUUCCUUGUACAGUCUACAGCCUGAUUCUAUUGAUUCAUGUGUAAGGAAUUUUUGGUAAACAGU